GGACGCCGGCGAGGGUCGGGCCGACGGGGAGCGCACCCGGGCCAGUGAGCGACCCGGAGCGGAGCAGGCAGUUCACCCAGGGCUGCCAGCUGAAGAACCAGUGCCGGACUCCAGCGCCCCCACCAUGGGCGCCCCCGAAGGCCGCUUUCAUUUUGCUAUCGACCGGGGAGGGACCUUCACCGAUGUCUUUGCCCAGUGCCCCGGUGGGCACGUGCGGGUCCUGAAGCUGCUCUCAGAAGACCCCGCCAACUAUGCAGAUGCCCCCACUGAGGGCAUCCGUCGCAUCCUGGAGCAGGAGAGCGGUACGCUGCUGCCCCGGGACCGGCCACUGGACACCAGUCGCAUCGCCAGCAUCCGCAUGGGGACCACGGUGGCCACCAACGCACUGCUGGAACGGCGUGGGGAGCGGGUGGCCCUGCUGGUGACCCGCGGCUUCAAGGACCUGCUGCACAUUGGCACCCAAGCCCGCGUGAAACUCUUCGAUCUGGCCGUGCCCAUGCCCGAGGUGUUGUACGAGGAGGUUGUGGAGGUGGAUGAGCGUUUGGUGCUGUACCGUGGAGAGCCAGGCACUGGGACACCUGUGAAAGGCCGCACAGGAGACCUGCUGGAGGUACAGCAGCCGGUGGACCUGGUGGCGCUGCGUGGGAAGCUGGAGGGGCUCCUGUCUCGCGGCAUCCGCAGCCUGGCCGUGGUGCUCAUGCACUCCUACACGUGGGCCCAGCACGAGCAGCAGGUGGGCAUGCUGGCCCGGGAGCUGGGCUUCCUGCACGUGUCGCUCUCCUCGGAGACCAUGCCCAUGGUGCGCAUUGUGCCCCGUGGGCACACGGCCUGCGCCGACGCCUACCUCACGCCUGCCAUCGAGCGCUAUGUGCAGGGCUUCCGCCGUGGGUUCCAGGGCCAGCUGAAGGACGUACAGGUGCUGUUCAUGCGCUCCGAUGGUGGCCUGGCACCCGUGGAUGCCUUCAGCGGCUCCCAGGCCGUGCUCUCUGGCCCUGCUGGCGGUGUGGUUGGCUAUGCGGCCACUACCUACCAGCUGGAGGGUGGCCAGCCGGUCAUCGGCUUCGACAUGGGAGGCACAUCCACGGACGUGAGCCGCUACGCCGGGGAGUUUGAGCACGUGUUUGAGGCGAGUGUUGCGGGAGUCACCCUUCAGGCGCCCCAGCUGGACAUCAACACAGUGGCGGCCGGUGGGGGCUCGCGCCUCUUCUUCAGGUCUGGCCUCUUUGUCGUGGGGCCCGAGUCCGCGGGCGCCCACCCGGGCCCUGCCUGCUACCGCAAAGGGGGCCCCGUGACACUGACGGACGCCAACUUGGUGCUGGGGCGCCUGCUGCCUGCCUCCUUCCCCUGCAUCUUUGGCCCGGGAGAGGACCAGCCCCUGUCGCCCGAGGCCUCCCGCAAGGCCCUGGCUGCCGUGGCCGCCGAGGUCAACAGCUUCCUCACCCAAGGGCCUUGCCCGGCCUCCCCGUUGAGCCUGGAGGAGGUGGCCAUGGGGUUCGUGCGUGUGGCCAACGAGGCCAUGUGCCGGCCCAUCCGUGCACUCACGCAGGCGCGAGGUCACGACCCCUCGGCCCACGUGCUGGCUUGCUUUGGGGGAGCUGGAGGACAGCACGCCUGCGCCAUCGCCCGGGCCUUGGGCAUGGACACCGUGCAUAUUCACAGGCACAGUGGGCUGCUGUCGGCAGUGGGGCUGGCCCUGGCUGAUGUUGUUCAGGAGGCCCAGGAGCCCUGCUCCCUGCCCUACACGCCGGACACCUUCGCGCAGCUUGACCAGCGGCUGAGCCAGCUGGAGGAGCAGUGUGUGGACGCUCUGCAGGCCCAGGGCUUCCCCAGGUCCCAGAUCAGGACGGAGGGCUUCCUGCACUUGCGUUAUCAGGGCACGGACUGCGCCCUGAUGGUGACCGCCCACCAGCACCCAGCCACUGCCCACUCUCCCCGCGCCGGCGACUUUGGGGCAGCCUUUGUGGAGAGGUACAUGAGGGAGUUUGGAUUCAUCAUCCCUGAGCGGCCGGUGAUGGUGGACGAUGUGCGGGUGAGGGCCACUGGCUGCAGUGGUCUUCGCCUUGAGGAUGUCCCCAAAGCCCAAACCGGGCCGCCCCGAGUGGACAAGAUGACCCAGUGCUAUUUCGAGGGGGGCUACCAGGAGACCCCCGUGUACCUGCUGGGAGAGCUGGGCUGCGGGCACAAGCUGCACGGGCCGUGCCUCAUUAUCGACAGCAACAGCACCAUCCUGGUGGAGCCAGGCUGCCAGGCCGAGGUGACCGAGCAAGGGGACAUCCGCAUCUCGGUGGGGGCCGAGGCACCGAGCACGGUGGGCACCCAGCUGGACCCCAUCCAGUUGUCCAUCUUCUCGCACCGCUUCAUGAGCAUUGCUGAGCAGAUGGGGCGCAUCCUGCAGCGCACGGCCAUCUCCACCAACAUCAAGGAAAGGCUGGACUUCUCCUGCGCCCUCUUUGGGCCGGACGGGGGGCUGGUCUCCAAUGCCCCCCACAUCCCUGUGCACCUGGGCGCCAUGCAGGAGACGGUGCAGUUCCAGAUCCAGCACUUGGGGGCUGAUCUGCACCCCGGGGACGUGCUUCUGAGCAACCACCCAAGCGCAGGCGGUAGCCAUCUGCCGGACCUCACGGUCAUCACCCCGGUGUUCUGGCCAGGCCAAACGCGGCCUGUGUUCUAUGUGGCCAGCCGUGGGCACCACGCUGACAUCGGGGGCAUCACCCCGGGCUCCAUGCCACCACACUCUACGUCCCUGCAGCAGGAGGGGGCUGUCUUCCUGUCCUUCAAGCUGGUCCAGGGCGGCGUCUUCCAGGAGGACGCUGUGACAGAGGCUCUGCGGGCGCCGGGCAAGAUCUCGGGCUGCAGCGGGACCAGGAACUUGCAUGACAACCUGUCGGACCUCCGGGCACAGGUGGCCGCCAACCAGAAGGGCAUCCAGCUGGUGGGCGAGCUCAUCGGCCAGUACGGCCUGGACGUGGUGCAGGCCUACAUGGGACACAUUCAGGCCAACGCCGAGCUGGCAGUGCGUGACAUGCUGCGGGCCUUCGGCUCGGCCCGGCAGGCCCAGGGCCUGCCCCUGGAGGUGUCAGCGGAGGACCACAUGGACGAUGGCUCCCCCAUCCGCCUGCGCGUGCAGGUCAACCUGAGCCAGGGGAGCGCUGUGUUCGACUUCAGCAGCACCGGGCCCGAGGUGUUCGGCAACCUGAACGCGCCGCGGGCCAUCACGCUGUCCGCGCUCAUCUACUGCCUGCGCUGCCUCGUGGGCCGCGACAUCCCGCUCAACCAGGGCUGCCUGGCACCCGUCCGCGUCGUCAUCCCCGCGGGCUCCAUCCUGGACCCGUCCCCCGAGGCGGCCGUGGUGGGCGGCAACGUGCUGACCUCGCAGCGAGUGGUAGACGUCAUCCUCGGGGCCUUCGGGGCCUGCGCUGCGUCGCAGGGCUGCAUGAACAAUGUGACGCUGGGCAACGCUCGCAUGGGCUACUACGAGACGGUGGCGGGCGGCGCGGGCGCGGGUCCUGGCUGGCACGGACGCAGUGGCGUGCACAGCCACAUGACCAACACACGCAUCACGGACCCUGAGAUCCUGGAGCGGCGGUACCCCGUGAUCCUGCGCCGCUUCGAGCUGAGACCUGGCUCUGGGGGCCGAGGCCGCUUCCGCGGCGGCGAUGGUGUGAUCCGCGAGCUGCUGUUCCGCGAGGAGGCCCUGCUGUCGGUGCUGAGCGAGCGUCGUGCCUUCCAGCCCUACGGCCUCCACGGGGGCAAGCCUGGCGCCCGGGGCCUCAACCUGCUGAUCCGCAAGGACGGCCGCACCAUAAACCUGGGUGGGAAGACGUCGGUCGCCGUGUCCCCCGGGGACGUGUUCUGCCUGCACACGCCGGGCGGCGGGGGCUACGGAGACCCCGAGGACCCUGCGGCCCCGCCAGGCUCGCCUCCCCAGCCCACGACCUUCCACGAGCGUGGCAGCGUCUACGAGUACCGCCGGGCGCAGGAGGCCGUGUGAAGGGCAAUAAAACGCCUGC